UUAGAAACAAAAAUCAACGGCUAUGAUUUGUCAAAAUAUAUGCAACAAACUAAGACCUAGGGUUCACUCAUUAAGGGUUAGGGUAUAGUAGUAUGCCCAAAAAUUCGGUUAAUUCGAGGUCUAGAUAGUAUUUUCUUACUCAGGGUAUGUCGUACCCUACAUUUUACCCAAGGUACGAUAGAAGCCACCAUAUAUAUAUAUAUUAUUGAAUCUCUUCCAACAGCUCAAUUUGUUGAUACUAAAUAUUUUUUUUACAAAGAACAUUAUUCGAAAGCUAAAUCAUGAAUUAUUGAUUGGUGUAGGAUUUAUUAUUAAACCUCUAACAACAACUCAACAACAACUUGAUUUAUUGAUACUAACGGUUCUUGAAAAAUAAUACCAUUUGAAACAGUACGAGUGUACGACUAACUAAAUCAAUAAUUGUUUGGUACGCAGAAUGAUAUUCUUGAUAUUUUUUUACUAUUAAUGCAUUUUAAUUUACCAAAAAUUUUCAAUUUAAGAUUAUAUUAACAAAAACUAUUUCAUCAUGUGUAUUUUUUUUCUAGAUGGACCCACCUUAAACAAAAUCCUGGCUAUGCCCCUGACAUCAAGAACAAUUAGCGGGGUAGGUAAUUAAAUAAGGAACUGGAUAAUGAGAAAAAGACCAUUUACUAGCCUAUUUUAAUUGAUGCACCCGACUCUUAAUUUUUGUUUUUUACUGUUUUAGCCCAUUGUCAAUUUCUAUUUGUUUCACAUUACUUCCAAACAGUCGUCCGAUUAAAUCUAAUUUCACUUCAAGACUCGCACUAUGACAUUGGGAUUUAAAGAAGUUUCGAUUCGAUUUGUGAAUUUAGUCCUUGAUGAUAGGCUACAACAAAUGUUGAUCUCCAAAUGGAAGGAAAUGAGUUUUGAUAGGAGAAAAAUGAGAUUGUUUAAAGAGGUGUUGAAAAUAACAAGAUGCUCUGAACCGAAUCUUGUUAUCUCAUGAUUUUCUUACAUAGUUUUUGCCAAUGAUUUUCUUACAUAGUUGCACCAAUACAAAUGGUGCCCCAUGCUUUUGCUUAUCUCAAUCCAUCAUAGAGCAAUUCUAUAAUUUAAUUGGAACGAAACCAUCGCAUAACAAAAUUGGUUCAAAAGUAAACUUUAAUUUUGCUGUACUGGUAGUGCUUUUGGAGGUUUUUUUGGGUGAACUUGUCUCCAACCAGUUAACUAGAAAAGAAUACAUUUGGAUCAAAAUAUUAUUAAAUUGAGGAUCAAACUAAUACUUGAAAAUAAAUUAGGAAACUAAAUUGUCCAAUUGAGGAAUCAGGAUUGAUUGUUGCACACAAAGAAAGUUGGAGGAGUGAUAACAACAAUACUACAUGGGAAAUACCCGUAUUAUAUUAAUAAUUCUCGAAUUCGGCCUUCUCACCCCGAGGGAAGGGAACGCUGAUCGCAAGCAUUUCUCCGAUUUUGGUGGGUUUGCAAUGUCGUCGGCGACCGUAGAGCUGAAGCUUUCCAAGUCCAAUCGCAUCUACCGCCCUUCUGAAACGCUGGAGGGGAAGAUAGUGGUGAAGUCACCGUCUUCGUUUUCUCACUAUGGAGUUCGCCUUGGCAUCAAUGGAUCCGUUAACUUGCAGGUUAGAGGAGGAACGGCUGGAAUUAUCGAGUCCUUCUACGGCGUUGUCAAGCCCAUUCCGAUUGUCAGGAACAAGAUCAUCGAAGUAAAGCCUUCUGGAAAGAUUGCUGCUGGUACAACGGUGAUCCCAUUUUCAGUAAAUCUGAAGCAGCACGGAGAAAACUCUGAGAAAUUUUACGAGACUUACCAUGGAAGAGAUAUUAAUAUCCAGUAUUUGAUUACUGCAGAUGUGAUGAGGGGAUACCUGCAGAAGUCAUUAUCCGCUACCUUGGAGUUCAUAGUUGAGACCGAUAAAGUUUAUCUUCUUGAGCGACCAGUUUCACCUGAGAUGGCAAUCUUUCACAUCACUCAAGACACGCAAAGACAUCCAUUACUUCCAGAGCUGAAGUCAGGUGGGUUCAGGGUAACUGGAAGAAUGGGCACUCUCUGUUGUUUGUCAGAGCCCAUCAGUGGUGAGUUAACCGUAGAGGCAUCUUCUGUCCCCAUUUGCUCCAUUGAUGUCCAUCUAUUCCGUAUCGAGUCUGUGCUGGUGGGAGAAAAAAUUGUGACUGAGACCUCUUUGAUUCAGACCACACAGAUAGCAGAUGGAGAUGUCUGCCGUAACAUGACUUUGCCCGUCCAUGUUAUCCUCCCCCGACUUUUGACAUGUCCAACUGUCUUUGCCGGGCCAUUCUCAAUCGAAUUCAAAGCAUCCAUAGUGAUCAACUUUGAGUCAGAGCUCUCCAAGUUGCACAAAAAGUUUGAUCCAGCAGUUCCAAGGCUAUGGACGGCUGUAGAAACUCUACCGUUGGAACUUGUUAGAACGAAAUGAAUGGGCGAAGGAGAGAGGUGGAUAUGCUUGCCAGUGCUAUGCCCCCCCAGAAUCAAACGCAUUCUAGUUUGCAAUCGUGUUGCUGGAGCUGCCUCGCUGCAUCUUCGUAGUUACUAUAGAGGAGCGAAUCAAGCGUAUCGCGAAAUAUCAGAUCAAAACUAUGAGCUGUUCGUAGAGGCCAAACAUACUUGUCAACUUGGUUAGAUUCGAGGGUGAACAUUAGCACACUCGGAUUAUCUGUUUCAACAUAUUUAAGUUUCAGGGUUAUAAUGUCUUGUGUAAAGGGAUUUUUUGGAUACGAGUAUCGAAAUUGUAACUAAUUUUCUCCUGCUCAGUAACCACAAGAGAAUUGAGCAAGAGUGAAGAGUGUGCGAAUCAGGUCACAAUUGUCCAUCUCACUUACUGGCCAGGCGAACACCAACACCCAAAUAAAUAGAAACCAUGCUACAAAUCCAUGGGCUUUCAUUGACAACUUCCAUGCAGACAAAGAAAAUUCCAUGAACCUACAUCGCGUCCAGUUCCAAAACAUAAAACAAACUACUUUUU